CCAGCAAGCUAGCUGAGUGAGCAAACGGCGGGCAACCUAUUGCGCUGGGAAACUGCGGAGAAAAACACCUCGAAGCUAGCCACAGCAUAGAGAUACCAGCAAAACACCAUUUUGCAGCUCUUCACCUACGAAACCCACCUGUUCUAUCUAAGUAAACCGCAAAAAUGAAGAUCCUCACCAAAGAACAAGAACGAGACCACUACAACGCCACCCUCAAAGGUGGUGCCAUCGGCGGCGCCCUUGGUCUAGCAGUCGGCACCGCAGGCGUCGUCUUCGCUCACCAACGUUACCACUUCUUCCGCAACCUGACAAUCCCUCUUAAGGCCUUCCUGAUUACCAGCUCCGGCACAUUCGCCGGCAUCGUCAACGCAGACCACUACUCGCGAAAGUACGAACAAUCCCAGAAUGCAGCUGAUGUCGCGUACCAGCAACGACAAGAGCAGCAAUCACAGGCCGAGCGCGCGGGCAAGACCUUUACAGAACGAGCAUGGGACUUUGGCCGGAGAGAACGCUAUAAGAUCGUCGGCGGAUCGUGGAUUGGCAGCAUGGUCGCCGCCUUUGCACUAGUCAACCGCAAUCCAUACCUGACGGGCCAACAGAAGAUCGUCCAAGCCAGAGUGUACGCCCAAUUUUUGACAUUGGGCGUGCUUGUUGCCACCGCCGCCUUCGAGAUUUCCGACCAGCGCAGCCAGACCGGCCGCUAUGAGACUGUUAGGUACAUCGAUCCCAAGGACCCGGAGCACAAGCGCAUGCUUGAGAAGCAGGUUGAGCGUGAGGUGGGCAGUCAGGGUACUGGCAAUCCCAGUGACGAUAUGUGGAAGGAGAUGGUGGCUGCCGAGGAACAGCGUAAAAAGAAGGCCGAGCACCAUGAUGACGACGAAAAGAAGGAGGAGAAGAAAGAUGACAAGAAGGAGGAUAAGAAAGAUGACAAAAAGGAGGAUAAGAAAGACGACAAGAAAGGAGGCAAAUAGAUGCCUUUCCGCGCCGACCAUUCUCAGGUCCUCGAAACAAUGCAUUCACACCAGGGCCGGUCGACUUAUGUCCAGAUUGAGCAGUCUUCUGCCCUCCACACCCACGCACAACUUGCUGUACGAUCCUCAACCAUCAAAACCGCCUCACGCCAUAUCACAAACCUUCCUCGACCAUGUCAUAGAAACCCGGAGUCAAUUGGCGUUUCAAGCGGAAUUUGCUAUCAAAAAGCAAUUGCGAGUUCGGAUCCCUGGUGGAUAAAUUGUUAUCUUUGUCU